UUGAUAGAAUCCAUGCUCACCUGCACCAAAUAAAAUCUCGUCACCAUCAUUUCUUACUUUUUUUUUUUUUUAAACUUCUUGCUCUGUUUUGAGGAGUUUGAUGGCUCAGGAAAAGACUGCUCCAAGUGUACAACACCACCCACCGGGUGCAGUGCAUAUCUGUUGCUAUUAGUCAGUCGAGAAAUGUCUGUUUGCUUCUUGAGAAUCUGAAAAUUUCAAAAUAAAAAAAGGAAGAAGGAGAAGAAGAGAUAAAAUUUUGUGUCCUCUUCCCGAUGUCUCUUUUCCGACACUCCCGCUCUCUCUGAUCCUCCCGCAUAUUCCACUUCGUGGGACAAAUUUGAGCGCCUGCCGUUUCUGGGUUCUAUCUCUUUACUUGUGAGCUCUCUGCUUCUUCUUCUUCUUCCUUUUUGGGAUGCUUAUCUUGAGCAGCUGGUGCUAAAGGAAGCUUCUUUGCGUUUCUUCUGCUAAAAAGGUUGGGCCUUUGCUUACAUGAACAACAACGGAUUAAAUUCUUUUCGUACUUUGUUUGUCAGUUCUUCUCUGUUCUUCCACUUUGUGAAAUAUCUCAGCUAAAAUAUCUUGCUAAAUUAAAGGGAUGGUCGUUUCUCUUUAGAAAUCCAAAUGGGUGUUGCGCGAAUCUCAAAAAAUCUGAGCUCUGGUUCUUGGUUGGUUCAUCUUCUGAUGUUCAUGGGCGAUAUUUUUUGUCUUUUGUGAGCAUUUGCUAGGGGCAUCGAAGAGGACCACUCAACAACACCCUAUCGAGGUCUCUACAGGGAAUAGGAUGGCUGUGGCUGAAAGCUACUCCUUUGGAAAUUACUUGCAGACACCCAUGAAAGCAUUUCGAUUGAUCAUGACAAAUUAGUUGGGCUCAAAGCACCAACAGGGGAAAAAAAGAGAAAAAGAAAGAAGACCUGGUGGGAGUUUCAUUCAUGUGAUUGUACCAAAACAGUUGGGGGCUGACAGUCCAUGAAAUUAUCAGUGAAGCUAUUAUUGUUUUCUCUGGGUCCUUGUGCUCUCCAGUUUUGAUAGAUAAUUGGCAGAAAAUGGAAGCUCAGUCGAAUCAGAAGGUGAUUGAGAGAGUGGUUUCGCAGAAAGCUCUGCAGAUGGGAAGCUCAUUUUCGUGCCAAGUCUGUGUGGUAGGUUUUCUCUGUGGAGUGUGUCUCACCACUCUGUUUCUGGCUGCUCUCACUUCUUUUGGAGCAUUUGGGUUCAGCAGAGUCUCGUUGUCUGCAAUUUCAAUGGGGAUUUCACAGGGGAAUUCGAGCUCAAACAUCAUCAAUAUCUUCACAAGGCCAGAUCAAGAUUUUGAUGUAAAAAGGCCCGAGCGAAAUGUUGAUUCAGUGCCAAGCAAAGAGCAUCAAGACAGAGAGAGAGUCUCUUUGCUUUAUUCAGCUUGGAGUGCUUUACUAAAAGAACCUGCGGAUGGAAGAGAGGAAUUACGUAAAUUAGGACUGAGCAGAUCCACAGUACCAUCUGCUCCUCAUUUGGAGGACUGCAAAACGAACGCUCAAGUAAAUAAGCGACUCGACAGCUACACUGAGAACGAGAUAUUUCCUCCGUGGACUAGUUGGAAAGGAUUAUUGGAAAUGCACUCGGCAUCGACAAAUGAUGAGCAACUGAAGAAAUUCAGGCGCCGAGAAAUAUCUGGAGGUUCUUAUCCUCCUUGGAUCACUGGGUCAGAUCAAGAAAACUAUCCUCUCACGAGAAAAGUUCAACGCGACUUAUGGAUCCAUCAGCAUCCUUUGAACUGCAGCGAUCCUAGCGUGAGAUUCCUUGUGGCGGACUGGGAGAGAUUGCCCGGAUUCGGUAUUGGAGCUCAAAUCGCCGGAAUGUGUGGGGUUCUUGCCAUUGCUCUCCAGGAGAAACGGGUCCUCGUCACUAACUACUAUAACAGAGCCGACCACGAUGGUUGUGCGGGAUCAGCGCGCUCAAGCUGGUCAUGCUACUUCCUCCCUGAAACAUCCCAGGAAUGCCGAGACCGUGCGCUUGAGCUGAUUGGCAGUCAUGAUGCUUGGAAAAGUGGUAUUGUCACUGGGAAACAAAAUUACAGUUCGAAGCAAAUGUGGGCGGGCCGAAUACCCAAAUUAUGGGGGGAUCCUUGGACUUCCCUGCAGCCGACGACUGAAAUAAACGGAAGUUUAAUUUCACGUCAUCGCAAAAUGGACAGAAGAUGGUGGCGAGCACAGGCAGUGCGCUACUUGAUGAGGUUUCAAACGGAGUACACAUGUGGCUUGAUGAAUACGGCACGCCAAGCUGCUUUUGGAGCAGAAGCUGCAAAGAUUGUCCUCACAGGCCUACCUGAAAAAUGGCCACAGGAAGCCAUGGACAAGCCCAUGUCAGACAUCGAAAAGUUUGUUUGGUCCAAUCACAGACCGUGGAUUCCUCGCCCAAUUCUCAGCAUGCAUGUGAGGAUGGGCGACAAGGCAUGCGAAAUGAAGGUUUUCGGAUUCGAAGAGUACAUGCGCCUCGCCAACCGUAUAAGGAAGCGGUUUCCACACCUUAGCAGAAUAUGGCUUUCCACAGAGAUGCAGGGAGUCAUCGAUAAGUCGAAAUCACAUGCGAGCUGGAACUUCUACUACACGGAGGUGAGGCGACAAGUAGGCAACAUCACGAUGGCCGAAUACGAGGCUGGCCUCGGGAGAGAGACGAGCACGAACUACCCACUCGUGAAUUUCUUGAUGGCGUCGGAUGCUGACUUUUUCAUUGGGGCGCUGGGUUCAACUUGGUGCUUCCUCAUAGACGGCAUGCGAAACACCGGGGGGAAGGUAAUGGCCGGGUAUUUAAGCGUCAACAAGGACCGAUUUUGGUAAGAGAGCAUCGAAGCCGUGCAUGUGCCGUUGCGUGAUCGCGAUUUUGCGUGUUUCUUCUGCAUUCACGCAUAAUGUAUAUACUCGUCAUGUAUCAACUCAAUGUACAGAACAAGCAAAGACGUUCAAUGCAUAUCCUCAAUGCAAUAUAU